ACUGCUUCGUGACGCAAAACCAUCUGGUAUUCUUUUUGUCAACAGCCACAUGACAAGUUUCCAACGGAAACCAUAUUGAAAAAGCCGACUUAACAUUUUCAGAGGAUUAGGUGUCAGCGAAAGCAACUUCCGGUUGCACAUUGACAUGUACUUGGUCAUUACAAAAUAUAAUUUACCGUUAAAUAAAAUUGUUUAAUCCUGUCAUAGAAGCACUGCAUGUUUUUCAGCUUUUUGUUAGCCAGCGUUGCAGUGUUGCGCUCAUUCAUGACUUUAUUUCAGUUUGUUUGUGUUUGAUUUGUGUUUGUGUUUGUGUUGAAAUUUGUUUGUGUUUGAUUGACUUGUUAUUUUGGUAUGAGGACCACUAUAAAGUACUAGUACAUAAUAAUUUAUCAAAUAUCAAGCUAUCAUUUUUAUCUAUAUUAGCUAUUAUUAUCUCUAUUAGAUAUCAACAUUAUCUAUCAUUAUUAUCUAUGUAAUGAUUAGAUCCUUUGUGUAGUGUGCAGUGCCACUGUGCACUGCGCAUCUUAUCUUACUCUUACAGCCUUGUGAGUUGUGACAAAGAACACGAGUGAUUCGUUCCCAAUCUCACCACUCCCCCAGCGCAUUCCAAUGAUAUCAUCGCUCAUUUACCGAUUGUGAUUUCUUGUACACAAGCGCCGUGGCACGUGCCUGGCAAAGGCACAGAUGCCAAUUAUAAUCUGUGGAAAUUUUCAAGGCCAGUUUAAACAACACUUUACAGCAGUCCUUAAGUUUAAAGUUUAUCAGAUUGCUUUUCUCCCGUCGUCCUUAGAAACCACAUAACAAGCUGCUUUAUCUCGGCAACUUGUACAUAUCUGCACUUGUGACGUCGACUGCCUGCCACAAACAUCCCCGCAACAUGAACAAACACAAUUCCGGUUGAGUGCCGUUCGAUUAAUCGAUUUUUUUCUCCGUCGCCAUCGGUCGGUCCUUGGGAGAACGUGAAUGUCAAGCUCAAGCGUGAUAUUUUUGUACUCUUCGGAUUCCCCUCUGUGCGCUGAUAUACUGUCACUGUGAGAUACGCUUUGUUCGCGUGAGGCUAUUUUGGAUGGUGUUUAUUCAAGGCAUCCUCAAUCGUUCUCAUCGCUCUGCGUGGACGGCGCGCAUUUAAAACGGGGAUUUUAUCGGAUGGAAAUAAGUUUGGUGUGUUGACUGCUGGGCGUUGUAGUGAUUGAACCUGUUUCGAGUGUUUUCCAUUAAAUUUCUGAUGGUGGAAAUUUUAAUACCUGGAAUGAUUCUUUUUCACUGAAAUUGUAUGGGAUUGACGAUAUACUGCUAAUUAGCACUCUAGUGGACACGAUUAGGAAUUCUGGAUUACGAUCCCCGAGACCAUGACGAUGUUUGAGAACUAUUGUGGAUGUGGACCGAGCGCCAACACGAGGAUACUGUCAGGAUCCGUUUCGACAGGGCCUCCGCGUAAACCACUGCGGAUUAGCCGGAUUAUUGUCCUGAAAAGUCUGGGACCACAGCUGAUUCCCUUCACCCAGGCGGCAUGCAUCUAUUUUGUGCUGUUCUUGCCGCACGACGCCAUCUCAGCAGUGGCCUGUUUCAUCAAAUGCCUGCCGAUCAUCUCCCUCAUCUGUUUUGUCAUACUGCACGGCAACGUCCUACCGACAACCACCAAAAUUGGCACUGACAACCCUAGCACGUAUUCCCGGUGGAUUCUGGCCGGGUUAGUGUUUUCGGCGGUAGGCGAUGCGUUUCUGCAGUUCUCGGCGGCCGGUUACUUUAUCCCGGGGAUGGCGGCUUUUGGACUGGCGCAUGUGUGUUACGCGGUGGCGUUCGGUGUGCAGCCGGUGCAUCCGCUGUCCGGAGUCAUCAUCUUUGCGCUAGCUGGCAGCGUGUUUGCCUGUUUGCUGCCGUAUCUGCCGGGGAUGUUCACCUAUGCCGUGGGGGUAUAUCUGGUGCUGGUUUCGUUUAUGGGAUGGCGAGCGAUCGCUCGUGUACCGUUCUUGAAUGACCUGUGGACGUGGACGAAGUUGGCUUGCGCCGUGGGAGCAUUGUUGUUUUGUUUGUCAGAUUUGAUGAUUGCCAUUAAAAUGUUUUAUUCGGACUUCCCGUUAUCCCAGGUCCUUAUCAUGACAACUUACUAUGUGGUGAGAAUAGUGUUGUAAACUUGGAAACUUGCAAAUAUGCGCAGAUGGGCAUUGCCGUCUCGGUGGUGGAGGGCCAGCUGCGACCGACCCCAUCAUCCAACAGCGGUUCCCGCUCGCCGACUCCCCCACCGACCCUCGUGGAGAGAUGCGGCUAGGAAUUCGCACAUGUUGUUUCCACGCUUGAAAGUGUUGUUGUUGUCGUGUGUGAUAGCGUUCGUUGUUUUGCCUGGUUGAUUGUGAUGGGGCGGAUGGAGGGAAACGGGGAUUGCUGUUUUGCGCUUCAAAUGAUCUCUUUUGUUCUCGCAUGGCCACUGUAUUGUCACAGGAAAAUUAACUUACGCCGGUGAUGUGUGAUUUAUAUCUUUAUCAUGGCUGUGGUGGUGUGCCUUGUGCGGAUUUUGACCGAUUAAAAUCGCGUUGAAAGGAAAAGAGUUGG